CACAGGAGAAGUUGAAGUGUAAAGCUUCGGUGAUCUAUGACGAGAAUACUGGAACACUGGUUAAAGUUAACGACAACCAUAAUCAUGAACCGCCAGAGUACUUUUGUGACAAAGCAGUCUUAUUCAUAAUCACGAACGCCGGAAAGAAAUUGGUGAUGCGCAAUAAUUUUACGUACCGCAAACAUUGCGAGUUGAAGUCUGGUGUGAGGUUGCAGUGUACCUCGAGUGUCUCGAAGCGUUGCAAUGCCUACCUCAUCGUGAAUGCUCUAGGAAAAGUGGUGAAGUCCAACGAAGUCCACACACACCUCGCAGCUAAUUAUCACCGCACUGCCACUGGCGCGUACGUUAAGAUUUAAAGGUAUAUUAUUACUUCGGCCAUAUUGCUCGCAGAGUCAAGAAAACUUAAGAAGAAUUACUGAUAGUGAGCUUAGAAAACAAAAAAAAUGUGAAGACCGAAUACCAAAUGUAUAAUAGGUGCAGGGAGCUUAGAAACUAAAAGAUCUAAAGCUUCAAUACUUUAUAAUAACAGUUAGCAAUGGGUAAGAAAGCAAAAGAUCUUAAAGAAUACUAAAACGAUGCUCAGAUCAAGUAUCGGGAAAACAAUAGAAGCCUAGCCAAGAAGAAGUACACCAGGUAACGAUUGUAACAAAUGGAGGCAGUAAGAGUACAUUGAUGCUUUAAGAUGGAGCCAAGAUCAGCAAUGUAAGAUGGAGCCAAGAUCAGCAAUGAGAACAUGAUAAAAAGUACUACUGCGAGGGUGGAGUGUCAAGAGUUUCUAAAUCAUCUUUCUUGUACUUGAAGGUUUCAGUACUGAUUUACCGAAUGACGGCUCAUCAUAUUCUCCGAAGUAAAGAGGGCAGAAUGUAAAGUUAUUUUAAAUUGAUGUUCGGCUUUCUUUUUUGAGGUGAUGCCUAAAAGAAUGGGUUCCCAAUUUUAUGUUUUUUGUGUGUAUAUAUCACACAAUAUCUUCUUUCCUUACUCUAAAUCUAUUUUAUUAUAAAUUAUUAUUUAUAUUUAUAUAUUCAUAUCCACAGAUCUUUUAAUUUUAAAUUUCGUUGUCGUGUUUUGUUGAAUGUUUUUUGUGUGUAUAUAUCACACAAUAUCUUCUUCCUUUACUCCAAAUCUAUUCUAUUAUAAAUUAUGAUUUAUAUUUAUACAUUCAUAUCUAUAGAUCUUUUAAUUUUAUAUUUCUUUGUCGUGUUUUGUUGAAUGUCUUUUUUGUGUAUAUAUCACACAAUAUCUUCUUCCCUUACUCCAAAUCUAUUUUAUUAUAAAUUAUGAUUUAUAUUUAUACAUUCAUAUCUAUAGAUCUUUUAAUUUUAUAUUUCUUUGUCGUGUUUUGUUGAAUGUCUUUUGUGUGUAUAUAUCACACAAUAUCUUCUUCCCUUACUCCAAAUCUAUUCUAUUAUAAAUUAUGAUUUAUAUUUAUACAUUCAUAUCUAUAGACCUUUUAAUUUUAUAUUUCUUUGUCGUGUUUUGUUGAAUGUCUUUUGUGUGUAUAUAUCACACAAUAUCUUCUUCCCUUACUCCAAAUCUAUUCUAUUAUAAAUUAUUAUUUAUAUUUAUACAUUCAUAUCCACAGAUCAUUUAAUUUUGAAUUUCUUUGCCAUCUUAAAGAUCUGAUGAUAAUAAAUCCAAAUAGCUUCGAAGAGUCCAUAAAUUGUAAUAAAUAUUUUAAUGUAUAAUAAUUAUUAUAUCAAUUAUUGUUAAAUGUUUAUUAAUAUAAUAAAUGCUUGUUUACUGUCGUCGAAAAAUAUUGUAUGAAAUUAAAAAUAUCCUUCUAUGCGUAAUUGCGUAAUUUUUUUAAAUAUAUAAUUACUGAUUAAUUUCAGUUAUUGACUGCCCACUGCUGAAAUAUAUUCUUCUUCUAGCCCUUCCCAUAGAUUGCCACAAGAACUGGCUCUAAACCAUUCGCCAUUCGAUGUUAAAAUGGUUAAGAUAGCUUUACGGCUUUGAAUAUUUCCUUUUAGGCCAUCUUUAAUAUCUAUUACUCUUAUUGAAAUGAAAAUUCUAAUGAUAAUAUUAAUUAAUAUUAUAUUAAUAAUUAUUAUAUAUUAAUUAUUAAUAAUUAUUAAUUAAUUAUUAUAUAAACCAUAAUGUAUCACCAACCAUUACUAAUAUAAACGUUUCGAGGUUUAUAUUAGAGAUAAAAUAUUCGGUAACACAAUAUCUGGCCAAAUACUAGAUUUAAAAAAAAAUAUUAUAAUAUAUUAAAAUUAUAAAUGAAUCGUUGUAAGGCAAAUCCUUACUAAUAGUAUAAAUGUGAAAGUGAGUUUGUUACCUUAUUAACUCCUUAACGGCUUAAUCAAUUAUUAUGAAAUUUGAUGUAAACAGAAUAUGGGAGUAGCAUAUAGGCUAUUUUUUAUUCCAGACAGUAAAUAUCGGUCAUGUGGAGGAAGUCGAGGAUAAAAGUUAGUAUUAACCCUUAAAAGCCUGAUUUUUUAAAUCAAAUUCAUAAAUAUAUUACCUAUAUACCUUUUACUGUGUUUACUAAUUGGGAAAAAUAGUAAAAAAAAUCAAAAGGAUAUUUUUAUAUAUUUAUUUAAAAAAAAACAUUUGGUAACAUGUAAACAGCCAAAUAUAUAAAAUAAAAUCGAUUGUAGGCGUCUAAUGCGACUUAUAACCCCGGUAUCAAAUUUGAAACUUCAGGUAUUUAAGGGUUAAAAGAAUAAAGGCUGACGAAUCCAUUGGUUUUGUGUAAAUAGACUUCGGUAAUCAUUUACUGUCAGGUGAACCGCAAGCUAAUAUAGCUGAUAAUUAUGAUUUCUUUUAUUUUAAAGUAAAAGAAGAAAAUAUAGAGAACACUUAAAAAAUAACCUUUAAUGAAAAGUGGCUUUCAAAAGGCGGUUUAUAUUAGCGAUUACGUCGCCAUUGAACUGAACUGAUUUUCACAAAAUUGGUUCAGGAUUGGCCGGUAUCGGAAUAAAUGACUAUCCCUUUCAUCUCUGGUUUAUACAACGACUAGCUUUUUCCCGCAACUUUGUUCACGUGACCGGACAUGUUCACUUACUCUGGAAUAAAGAAAAUUAUAAGUAAGUACUGAUUUGAUUUGAUUUGCAUCAAGUAAAAUAUUUUUAACUAAAUCACUCGCCACUCGUAUGCACUAUUGAAGCCAUGGACUUAGUAUACUGUACUACGCACUAAAUUGAAGCAGUGCGAAUAAAGCUUAAUAUAACUAACGCUUGGUCUUAAUAUUAUAUAGAUAGAUUAUAUAUUGAGCCUCAAAAACGGAUUAACUUUUUGUCAGCUAAUUGUCAAAUUAACUGACUUGUUUUUUAUUAGUAUUCUACGUACUUAUACAAUGUAUCUUGACGUUUAAUUUUUUAAUCAAUAAAAUUAAUUUUUGUGCAUUAAAAAGGUACAGAAUAUAAUUAAUAAUAUGAGACAAAAUAAAUAUAGAAGUUAUAAAGGAAGCACUUAUAACUAUUUAUCACGUAAAAUUGUAUGAAAAAGUUGACCCGUUUUUCUCGAUGCUUUUGUAUGGAGACACUCUAUUUAUAUAAUCUAAGACUAGGAAUAAUAGUAAUAAUUGAAUCUAGAAGUGUUGAUUUUAGUUUUAAUACGAUAAAUUACUAGCACACCCCGGACAUAAAAAAACGCCACGAUCCGUGAUUGUCACAACUACAUGUAACGUCUGUACAUGUUAAGAUGUGUGCGUGUGUAGUUAGGGAUAGCACGCCCUUCGAUGUAUUUUAUAAUCUCGAUUGAGAUGCGACGUUUAUUCUCUUCAAACCUCAUAAAUAAUAUACCCUAUCCUUCUCUGACAUUGGCGGCUAUUAUAGCGUAGACUAGAGACAUACAUUAGAGUAUGGGAGCUAUAGCGUACUUCAUAGGGGGUGAGGUCAGAUCUCCUUUAUGGGGUAGAUUUACGUUCAGUAGUGGAUAGUUAACGGCUGAAAUGAUGAUGAUGAUAAUGGCGGCAGGAAUGUCUAUACUGUACUACUUCAGUACUAUUAUACUGUGCUGCUAGUUUAGUAUCUACAAAAGGAUAAUAUUAUAAAAAAUAGUUCUUCAUUUACAGCUGCACAUACAUACAUUCAAACAAAUAGUGGGAAAAUACUACUUAUGCUUGACCAGUUCCCAUAUUCCAAGCACCAAAAGUUGGUGGAUGGCGCCCAGAGAUGGCGUUGCACGAUACGUCAUUGUAAAGCUCACGUCAUAACGAAUCGUAAGGGUGUUAUUAUUAAAUGUCAAAAUUCACACGACCAUAAACCGAUGCAGUAUGUAUGCACACAAGGAGGUCUCUAUGUUAGAGUGUCAACUAUGAUUCUUACGAACAAUGGCAAACAUUUAUUAAUGUUCAACCAGUACGUGUACUGCAAGCAUUGCAAUCAGAAACAAGGUAUACGAUGGAAGUGCACAAGGAACGCAUCGCGCAACUGCAAUGCGUAUGUGAUUGUUAAUGACGCGGGUAUAAUUGUUAAAGGAAAAGGCGUUCACACACACGAGCCUCCCAAGUAUCACAGGAAUCUGGACGGGACUUAUAUUAUGUGGUAUGUCUUUUCAGCUAACUUUAUUCAUACGAGUAAGGGCCAUUUGUUCGUAAUGAUAAACGGGUAUACAUUUGGAAAACAUUACAAGAUAAGGACAGGAAUGCGGUGGCAGUGCACACAAAGCCAUUCAAGAGCUUGCAAGGCGUAUAUUGUGUUGGACAGUGGUGAUCGUAUUAUAAAAUCAAUAACUGAACAUUCCCACGACCCCCCGAAGUACCAUUAUUGCCCUAAAAAUAAUAGUUAUACGAGAUUUUAAAUUAAACCAGUAUCAUAUAUUAACACUAAUUACAUUAUAAUUAAAAUUAAUAUUUUAAUAAACUGAUCAAAGUACCUCAACA